GGCACCACCGUGCUGGUGGAGCUGACUCCUGACAUCCACAUCUGUGGCAUCUGCAAGCAGCAGUUCAACAACUUGGACGCCUUCGUAGCUCACAAGCAAAGUGGCUGCCAGCUGACCAGCGCGCCGGGGGCGGCCCCCAGCACGGUCCAGUUUGUGUCGGAGGAAACGGUGCCAGCCACCCAGACUCAGACGACCACCAGGACCAUCACCUCGGAGUCCCAGACCAUCACAGGUUGCCAAUUCAAGACGGCAUAUGGCAUGAAGGACAUGGAGCGACAUUUAAAAAUUCACACAGGAGAUAAGCCCCAUAAGUGUGAAGUCUGCGGCAAGUGCUUCAGCCGGAAGGACAAACUGAAGACGCACAUGCGGUGCCACACUGGCGUCAAGCCCUACAAGUGUAAGACGUGCGAGUACGCGGCCGCCGACUCCAGCAGCCUUAACAAGCAUCUGAGGAUCCACUCAGACGAGCGGCCCUUCAAGUGUCAGAUCUGCCCCUACGCCAGCCGCAACUCCAGCCAGCUCACUGUCCACCUCCGCUCCCACACGGGGGAUGCUCCCUUCCAGUGCUGGCUCUGUAGCGCCAAGUUCAAAAUCAGCUCGGACUUGAAAAGGCACAUGCGCGUGCACUCAGGGGAGAAGCCUUUCAAGUGCGAGUUCUGCAGCGUCCGCUGCACCAUGAAGGGGAACCUCAAGUCGCACAUCCGCAUCAAGCACAGCGGGAACAGCUUCAAGUGCCCGCACUGCGACUUCGUGGGCGACAGCAAGGCCGCGCUGCGCAAGCACAGCCGCGUGCACCAGGCCGAGCACCCGGAGAAGUGCGCCGAGUGCAGCUACUCCUGCAGCAGCAAGGCCGCGCUGCGCGUGCACGAGCGCGUGCACUGCCCCGAGCGCCCGUUCAAGUGCAACCACUGCAGCUUCGACACCAAGCAGCCCAGCAACCUGAGCAAGCACGUGCGCAAGUUCCACGGGGACGCGGCCCGAGCCGAGGCGGCGGCGCGCAAGGACACAGUGCGCGCGGGUGGCCGGCAGGGUUCGCGGCUGGACGCCAAGAAGACGUUCCACUGCGACAUGUGCGACGCGUCCUUCAUGCGCGAGGACUCGCUCCGCAGCCACAGGCGGCAGCACAGUGAGUACAGCGAGGUCAAGGGCACAGACGGGGGCGCCCUGCAGCUGCAGCUCAAGCCGCCCGCUGCGCCCUUGACCGUGAGCGCCCUGCAGGUGUCGCUGCAGCCAGCGCCGGCCCCGCCCCAGUUCAACGACAGAGUCAAGAUCAUCGUGGGCCACCAGGUGCCACAGGCCAAUGCCAUCGUCCAGGCCGCCACCGCGCUGGUGGCGCAGAGCGCAGACGAGCUUCCGGGCAACGGCCGCCUGCAGAUCCUGCGCCAGGUCAGCCUCAUCACCCCGCCAGCCUCCGGGGCUCCCAGCGAGGCCGUGCUGCUGACCACCCACGACCAGGCUGAGGGCGCCACGCUGCACCAGACUCUGAUCCCCGCCGCAGCCGCUGCCCCCGGGGGUCCCCAGGACGCCUCGGGCCACCAGACGUUCACCACCAGCUCGGGCAUCGCCUGCGCGGACUUCGAAGGCCUCAACGCCCUGAUCCAGGAGGGGGCGGCCGAGGUGACGGUGGUGAGCGACGGCGGCCAGGGCAUCGCAGUGGCCACCACAGCACCCCCCAUCUUCUCCUCAUCCUCCGCCUCCCAGCAGGAGCUCCCCAAACAGACUUACUCCAUCAUUCAGGGCGGGGCGCACCCUGCGCUGCUCUGCCCCGCAGACUCCAUACCCGACUAG